CAGUUCAGUUAGCAUUAAUCAUUUGCCAUGGACGGACGGAAGCUAAUGUUGUUGGAAAAUUCAUAUCUUAAAUAUGAGAUAUUGAAGAAGUGUAUAAAGCAGAGAAGUGGAACUAAUACUGUGUACUUAGAAAGGCAUUCUCGUGGGGAAUUUCAUAAUUUGUACCAGGAUUUACGUACUCAACCCCUGUUGUUCAAGGAAUAUUGUCGAAUGUUACCUACAACGUUUGACUAUAUUGUACAAGCCAUUAAACCUGUUCUGCAAUUUACUACAACAAAUUUUCAGGAACCUAUUUCUGUAGAAGAACGACUUAUGGUGACUUUGAGGUAUUUGGCCACAGGUAUACAAUUUCGGCAACUCGCUUUCUCGUUCAGAAUUUCAAAAUCUGCUAUUUCUACAAUCGUACCACAAGUUUGCAAAGCUAUAUUGACUCAAUUAGUUAGGAAACACAUGCCCGAACCUUCAGAAGAUAGCUUUAAAAACAUAGCGCAAUGUUUUUGGGACAGAUGGCAGUUUCCUAAUUGCAUUGGAUGUAUUGACGGAAAGCACAUUCGCAUAAUAAAACCAAAAAAGAGUGGUUCCAUGUAUUAUAAUUACAAAUCCUUUUUUUCGAUUGGGUUGUUAGCAGUCACUGACGCAAAUUAUAAGUUUGUAAUGAUAAAUGUGGGUUCCUAUGGAAAAGACAACGAUGCCGGUGUUUUUGAGGAAUGCCCCUUUCGAAUAGCAAUAGAACAAGGAAGACUAAAAAUACCUAAAGAACAAGUAUUACCGGGCUCUAAUAUCAUAGCUCCGUAUGUGCUCCUUGGAGAUACGGCGUUUCCUCUAAAGAAAUACCUAUUGCGACCUUUUCCAGAAAAAUCAACGGUUAAAGGGGACGCUAAAGAUAAUUAUAAUUAUCGCUUAUCUCGAGCCAGAAUGGUGGUGGAAUGUUCUUUUGGUUCAAUAACUUCUAAAUUCAGAAUUCUACAUAAAUCUAUCGAAACGAAUGUUACAAAUGCAGUUCAUAUCGUCAAAGCCAUAUGUUUACUACACAAUAUUAUAAGGGAUCUUGAAUCAAUAAAUGAGAAUGAGUUAAUGUCUUUCCGAAAAACAUAUCAAAAUAUGUCACAAACACAAAGACAUAAUUCUCAAAGAAGAUACAAUGCUACAUCACGAGCAGCCGCACAGGCAAGAGAAAACUAA